AUGUUGGAUGCUAUUCCUAGCAUUGCAGAGAUAAAGAAUACUGUAUUUAGCAUUGAUCCAGACAACUCUCCAGGUCCAGAUGGAUUCUCGGGUUGUUUUUAUAGAACAUGUUGGAAGAUCAUUAAUGAAGAUGUAGUUCAAGCAAUACAAUAUUGCUGGCAAAAGCAGUUUAUUCCAAAAGGGCUUAACUCUAGAUUUCUUGUUCUCCUUCCAAAAGUGCAAGGUGCUAAAAAGCCAAAUCACUUUAGGCCAAUUGGACUGAGUAACGUCAGCUUCAAGAUUAUCACAAAAAUUCUAACAGUAAGGAUGAGCAAUCUAAUGGAAAAGCUGGUGUCUCCUCAACAAGAAUCUUACAUAAAAGGAAGAUGCAUUCAAGAACAAGUUCUUCUUGCAUCUAAAAUGGUCAAUGAAAUGAAGAAGAAAAGGAGAGGAGGAAAUGUUGGGCUUAAACUUGACAUAUCACAAACAUAUGAUUAUGUUAGCUAG